ACUCGGCAGGCAAAGAUGGCGGACGCACAGACUGAGAGGGCGUACCAGAAGCAGCCCACCAUCUUCCAGAACAAGAAGCGUGUUCUGCUGGGUGAGGGCGGCGGAAAAGAAAAGCUUCCCCGCUACCACAAGAGUGUCGGCCUGGGGUUCAAGACGCCCAGAGAGGCUAUUGAUGGCACCUACAUCGACAAGAAGUGCCCCUUCACUGGCAAUGUGUCCAUCCGUGGUCGGAUCCUCUCCGGUGUCGUGACCAAGAUGAAGAUGCAGAGGACCAUCGUGAUCAGACGGGACUACCUGCACUACAUCCGCAAGUACAACCGCUUCGAGAAGAGGCACAAGAACAUGUCCGUCCACCUCUCGCCCGCCUUCAGGGACGUGCAGGUGGGAGACAUUGUGAUCGUGGGGGAGUGCAGACCGCUCAGCAAGACCGUCAGGUUCAACGUCCUCAAGGUCACCAAGGCAGCCGGCGCUAAGAAACAGUUCCAGAAGUUCUAGAGGGUGGCAGAGAUUGAAGGCUGAUGACUCGAGUUGUCUGGGUUACUACUCUGGCUCACUUGUACUAUGUCUGUUUUCAAUAAAGGAAAUGCUCGAUUUAAA